CUGCCUGGCUCCCAUCACACUUCCCAAGGAGACCGGUGGCUUCUGAGCAGAAUGACUUUAUACAAGGUUCUGCGUUUGGCCGUCUUUGCUCUUGGUGUGCUGCACGCCAUGAAUAUUUGCGUUUGUAGAUCGGCUGAGCAACCCACACCACCUGUGAACAUUCAAGUGGAGAUGUGUAAUGGCACAUGUGAAGCGUCACGGAACGGCACAUGUCCAGGCAACUGCACUUGCGUAUGGUUAGCAGGUGAGCCAAAAGGUGUCUGCGUGUAUAUAGUUGACCCUGAAAUAUGGUGACUCAAUCCUUCCAUUGUGGAGACCUAGAAGAGAAAUGCCUUGGCACUUCAUUAUAGAAGAAUAUUACAAUGGAAAUUCCCAGCAGCAGAAUGACUGUACGAAUAAAUGUUUCACUACACAA